CUCCAGCAACUUGAUUCAGGGUGACAUCAUCGUGGCCAUUGAUGGGGUCAACACAGAGGGGAUGACACACCUGGAGGCCCAAAACAAGAUCAAGUCUGCCAACUUCAAUCUGGCACUCACCAUGCAAAGGUCAAAGCGACCCACUCCAGUUCCCAUGACCACACCAAGGAUUGACUCCCCUAUGUCUGUGAUCCCCCAUCAGAAGGUUAUUACCAACACUCCUGCCAACAAUGAAUACCUGCCCAGCUUCAACCCAAUAGCUCUGAAGGACACUGCACUCUCCACCAACAAACCCAUUGAGUUGAAGGGGCCUGGAGGCAAGGCCACCAUCAUCCAUGCGCAGUACAACACCCCCAUCAGCAUGUACUCCCAGGAUGCUAUUAUGGAUGCCAUUGCUGGUCAGUCCCAGGCCAGGGGUAGCGAGCUGUCUGGCAAUGAAACUGACUCUUCACUUUCGUAAGUAGCCUGAUCCAUCUGUUUGAUAUGAGCAGUCUCUUUCCGUC